UCCUCCCUCUCUUCUCUCCUUGGUUUGUUACUUUGGGUUCCUCUUGCGAUCGAUUGAAACUUGAUCGAUCGGAUUGGACGUCGUGAUCUCAAGGAGAUACUUAUGAACCGGGGAAGAUCUCGCCGUUACUUGAUAUGGUCUCGAGUGCUCCGGUUCUUCGCACCAAAGUUUCAGUGAGACCUUCUUCCGUUUGUUCCUUCGGAUUCCUCUAUCGAUCUAUUGAAAUUAUAACCUGUUAACCGAUCGAAUUGGAUGUCGUGAUCUCCGUUACAAGAAGGCGAAACUUAUGAAAAGGUUGACAUCUCACCGUUUCUUGAUCUGGUGUCGAGUGCUCCCACACUUCGCUCCAAAGAUUCGGUGAGACCCUCCUCGCUCUCAUGUCUCUUCCGUUUGCUCCUGUGGGUUCCUCUUUCGAUCUAUUGAAACUAUAACUUGUUGAUCGAUCGGAUUAGACGUCGUGAUUUCCAUUACAAGAAGCAGAAACUUAUGAAUAGGGUGAGAUCUCGCCGUUUCUUGAUAUGGUCUCGAGUUUUCGGUGAGACCCUUCUCCCUCUCUUCCGUUCGUUCCUUUGGAUUCCUCUCGCGAUCGAUCGAAAAUAUAGAUCUGUUGAUCGAUCGGAUUGGAGGUCGUGAUCUCCAUUACAAGGAGAAACUUAUGAAUACGCGGAGAUUUCACCGUUUCUUGGUCUGGUGCUGAGUGCUCCGACUCUUCGCUCCAAAGUUUCGACCUUUGCCUGUCGUCCCAAGCGGCACUGCGAGUUUGAGACGAGUAACUGAACCGGUUUGAUCGGUGGCUUGGAGUCGGUGGUACCGCACCUUUUAUUGGUUUCCAACAACGAACUGACGCCACUUACCGCUCGGCCCUACCACCUCGCCUGUGCCUCCCUCUCACCGACCCCCAAAUCCUCAUGGCGUCCCAAAACCCCCAUGCUUCCGCCGAGCCCGGAAAGAAAGCCCUAGAGACACCUCCACCUCCGGCAGCGGCCGCCGACAAACCCGCUCCUCCGGCGGCAUGCCUUGAAAACCCUAUUCCCUCGCCCGACGCGAGCUCUGCCCGAUUGGAUCCCGCAAUCCAUGGGAACGCUGCGGCCGUGGGAUCCAACUCGGUCUUGACGAGUGCCAUGCAGAACGGCCCCGUCACUGAUCUGCAGAAGAAGCUUCGGCGAGCCGAGCGAUUCGGGACGGCGGUAAUGCUUUCCGAAGAGGAGAAACGAAAUUCACGAGCAGAGAGGUUUGGAACUGGGUCAACAUUAAGUGGACCAAAGAAUGUUGGACUUCUAGAGGAGCAAAAGAGAAAAGCCCGGGCAGAGAGGUUUGGGCUUAAGAAUGACACUGUAGCUGAUGAGGCCGCAAAGAAGAAGGCACGGUUGGAAAGAUUUGCAACAAACUCCAAGAUGGAUGAUAGUUCAGAAGAUGAGAAAAGGAAGGCAAGAGCAAUCAGGUUUUCACAAGGCUCACCUAAUGUUAUCGGGCAAGUGAACUCUGACAUGGUAGGUCUCUGUAGCUGAGUUUCAUUCUCGAUGCAAAGAGAACAGUUGCGCAUUUCCCUUAAGCUUGAUUUUUUUUUUUUUGUUAUUCUGUUUACUGAAACUAUGUAGAUCACACAUGAUGGAGGUUUUUAAUGAUUUAGGAACUCCAAAUCUUUUUCA